CAAGUUGAAGCGUUUCGGCCGAAGCGUUUUUGCCUUCACCGACGUAUUGUUUAUGUGUCAAAUUGGUCGACAUAAAAAUACAUCAGCAAAACAACAAAUUACACAAAGAUGUUACAAAACUUAGCUCACGUUUUAUUCCUGUAACCAUUCCGUAGUUUUUAGCAUUAGUUAUUACACCGCACAGUACUUACAUAAGUGUUAAUCGAAGACAGUGAAACGGGUUGGGGAUUGUAUUUUAGGUUGGCAAGUGGUGCGGCUUAACGAUGAUGUUCCGGCUGCGAGUAAAGAUUUUCUACGUCUACAUCAUCAUUUCGUUCGUGUUUAGUGUGUAUUUGUUUUAUUUGAUCUCUAAAUAUUCGUUCGAAAAGUUUAUCAACUACCAUCGACAUGUGAGGAGCAACAAAUUCCCCGACCGUCCACGGAUACCGCAGAUCGUAGGGCACUACGUGGGCGUCGGAACGGUGGGGAACCUGUCGAAAGAUUUCAUGAACACGAACAACUUCGAUCCGAUACCGGGCGUGGGCGAGCAUGGAGAUCCGGUCGUAAUACAGGCAAAGGAUCUGCUGAAGAUGCAACAGUUGUUUCAGAUCAAUCGAUACAAUCUGCUCGCCAGCGACCGGAUCGCUCUGAACCGGAGCCUGCAGGAUGUGCGGAAACCGAAAUGUGUUUCGAAGCAGUAUCCCGCCAAGCUGCCAACCACUUCGAUCAUCAUCGUGUUCCACAACGAGGCAUGGUCGGUGCUAUUGCGCACGGUGUGGAGUGUUAUCAAUCGCUCACCGAAAGGGCUGGUCCGGGAGAUUCUGUUGGUGGAUGACGCUAGCGAUCGACGGUUUCUCAAGCACGAGCUCGAUAACUACGUCCAGAAGCUUCCGCUCUCCGUCACCAUACUGAGGUUAAAUCAGCGCGAAGGUCUCGUGGCGGCAAGGCUGCUAGGAGCAAGGAUGGCGACGGGCGAUACGCUUACCUUUCUCGAUGCGCAUUGCGAGUGUUCACCGGGCUGGCUGGAACCACUGCUUGCCCGGGUGCAGGAAAAUCCCAAAAAGGUGGUCUGUCCGGUGAUCGAUAUCAUUUCGGAUGAUAACUUUUCGUACAUCAAAAGCUUCGAGUUUCAUUGGGGUGCGUUUAACUGGCCGCUGCACUUCCGGUGGUACGCGUUGAGUGAUGAAGAGCUGGCCGAACGUCGAAAGGACACCACAACGCCCUUCCAUACGCCGGCAAUGGCGGGCGGAUUGUUUACGAUCGAUCGGAAGUACUUCUUCGAUAUCGGUGCGUACGAUGAGCGGUUGAAGAUUUGGGGCGGCGAUAAUUUGGAGAUGUCCUUCCGGGUGUGGCAGUGUGGGGGUGAGGUUGAGAUAGCACCAUGUUCACAUGUUGGCCAUCUGUUUCGUAAAAGUUCGCCGUACACUUUUCCUGGCGGCGUUAGUGGGAUUCUCAACGAAAAUCUGGCCCGUGUCGCUCUAGUAUGGAUGGAUGAUUGGGCAAAGUUUUUCUUCAAAUUUAACAAGGGUACAGAGGAGUUCAAAAGCUUGAACGUGUCAAAUCGACUUGCGCUUAAACGCACCCUUAACUGUAAAUCAUUCGAUUGGUACCUGAGGCGUGUGUGGCCACAAAACUUCUUCCCGGCACCGAACAAAUUUUUCGGUCGCAUUCAACCGAUCGACCUCACGUCAACGUUCGACUACCAGGAGUACCUCACGCUGAUGAAGAAGAUAAAUCUCAUUAUUAAGAAUCUGAAUCCAGAGCUCAAGUGGAAGUUUCUGAUCAAAUACCUCACGGAGAAUGUGAAACGGAUCGGUGACUCGAUGAAGGCGGCCAAACACAGUCCGUACUGUUUGCACAAGCCGAAAACGAACACGGCCGUCAAUCAGCCGUACGGGCAAGCGUAUCUGCAAAAGUGUUCGUUGCUGAUCAACGUGCUGGACGAACAGUUCGUUAUUGAUGAUUAUGGCCGUAUCAUGACGGACGAAGGGAUCUGUUUGGAUUCGUUCCGGAAGACCAGUAUCGAUGGGGAGGAAAUAGUGGAGGGUACGCGAAAAAUUAAGAUGGUUACCUGUGGCAGCCAGAAACCGAACCAACGCUGGGUGUAUGAAACGGACACGUACCAUCUGAAGAAUAUUGGCGAAGAUUCGGAAUGUCUUGAGCGGAGUGCGACGCUGAUCAGGGAAGAUGGGGAGGAUAAGUAUGAACUGUUUCUCGGCCCAUGCGAUGUGCGGAACGAGCUGCAGAAGUGGAUGCUCUUUCCGGUCGCUUGGAAGUGAGAGGACGAGUAAGAGAGCGUUCUACAAAAUUCCUAGCUUCCGAAAUACUAGUCCGAGUUAGUAACACCUCGCUCAGGAUACGCGUAAAUCAGACUUUCUCCUAUCCCUCUCUUCUUCUAGAACGUCCGUGUGUAGUUUACUACGAUUAUCAACAAAGGAUUUCAACCGAUAUCAAUGCGUUUCUUUCAACCUCAUCCUUUCUCCACUAGUUAACAAGAGCAAUUUAAACGUUAGUGUGUAAUGUUAAGUAAACGGAAGCUCCCAGUUCGGUGCCGAAGAGAAAGUAGGGUUACGAUUUCUAGAUCCGGCAAGGGUUCGUGUUCCAUGUUAUGUGGCAAUCUUUCAAAUACCCAGCUAGUUUUGUAAGGCAACGUACGGUAUUUCAUACAGUAAGAUAAAAUGUGUAGCUUAAUGUUUUUGGUACCUUUACCCAGGGGAAGAAUGAAUGAUCGGACACGGCAGUAUUAGGUGUAUCUAUCGGUGUUCAUGUUUUCCAGCUUGUACUUACAGUGUUCGCCUUUGUUUUCUAUCGCUCACUUGAAAAGACUUAUUAGCUGUGUUAGGAUUGUUUUGUCAUCUUCGGUGCCCUUUUCCCCCGUCGUCUCGUUAGGAUUAUAUAAUUUGAAACUGUGAUAUUGUGAGUAUAGCCAGCGGAAGAAUACACAAAAACCCCGCUGCGGCAAAUGACAAAACUUAACGCUCAAAUAUAAAUAAAUAAUUUCUAAUACAA